CUGGGCGUCUCCGCCGCCGCCAGUCGGGGAGCGGCGAGCGAUGGCGGCGGCCGCGGGUGCUGUGCUCAGGGGGCUGCUGCGGAAGCGGGUCUCCAUCCAGACGGCUUCCUGCCGUAGUUUCAGGACCAUGUCUUCCCAGCAGCAGCAGAAGCAGAAUUCCUCGGACAGCUAUGAGACCCUGAAGGUGGAGCGGGUGCGAGACAAGGUGCUGCACGUGGAGAUCAACCGGCCGGAGAAAAGGAAUGCCAUGAAUGCCGCCUUCUGGAGAGAGAUGGUCCAGUGCUUCCGAAAGAUUGCCGAAGACCCAGAGUGCCACGCCGUGGUGUUAUCUGGUGCUGGGAAAAUAUUCACGGCAGGCAUCGACCUGAUGGAAAUGGGCAGCACGUUCCUCAUGAUGCCGGGAGAGGACACGGCCCGGAAGGCUUGGAACAUCCACUGGAAGAUCCGGGAGUAUCAGGAAACCUUCACAGUGCUGGAGAAAUGCCCAAAGCCCGUCAUUGCGGCCAUCCACGGAGCCUGCAUCGGAGGAGGGAUGAGCCUCAUCUCGGCCUGCGAUAUCCGCUACUGCACCCAGGAUGCCUGGUUCCAGGUCACGGAGGUGAACAUCGGGCUGGCAGCGGAUGUGGGCGCUUUGCAUCGGUUGCCGCACAUCAUCGGCAGCCGCAGCCUGGUGAGCGAGCUGCUUUUCACCGCCAGGAAAAUGAUGGCGCCAGAAGCUGAGAAGAGCGGUCUGGUCAGCCGCGUGUUCCCAGACAAGGAGGCCAUGAUGGAGAGCACCUUUGACCUGGCCACCGAGAUCGCCAGCAAGAGCCCCGUCGCAGUGCAGGGUGCCAAGGUCAACCUCGUCUACGCCAGGGACCACCCUGUGCCCCAGGGCCUGAAGUUUAUGGCUGCCUGGAACAUGAGCAUGCUGCAGACGGAGGACAUCGUGAAGUCGGCCCAAGCCGCCAUGGAGAAGAAGACGCCCAAGGACGUCACCUACUCCAAGCUGUAGCUGGGCCGCCGGGCUCGGGGUGGCGCACGCAACCCUGGGAGCUGCGGUGCCUCCCGCGGCCUCGUGCAUGGCUGGCCUGGGCUCCUGCGAAGCAAUGAGGAACAAGUGCCUUGGACGGGUGGCCGAGCCUCACGCUCCGGUCGCACCCCUGCGAUAAGGGCUUCUGCUAGAGCAGGUUGCUUGGGGCCUGUCUUUUGAAAAAAUGACUUUUCAAAAUGUGAAGUGGAGCAACAGACGGGAAAUAAACGUUCUGUGAGCUCGG